AUGUAUUUUGUGGUGGCCCCCGGCUGGGGUCCCUGGAGUGACGGGCUUGCACAUGGCUCCCUCGAGUGGCGUGUCUUGCAGGAGCGGCUGGUGGUGGAGAACGCGGACUGGCUGGUCGUGGUGCCCUACUGGGCCACGUGGCCUUUCGAGACCCUGCUGCUGCCCCGCCGUCACGUCUGUCGCCUGCAGGACCUCCGUGAGGGCGAGAGGGACAGCCUGGCGUCCAUCAUGCAGAGGCUUCUCAUCAAGUAUGACAACCUCUUUGAAAUCUCCUUCCCCUACUCCAUGGGCUGGCAUGGAGCCCCCACGGGCCCUCACCUGGAGGAGGACUGUGGGCACUGGCAGCUCCAUGCCCACUAUUACCCACCCCUGCUCCGCUCCGCCACCGUCCGCAAGUUCAUGGUCGGCUACGAGAUGCUCGCCCAGGCGCAGAGAGACCUCACCCCGGAGCAGGCUGCCGAGCGCCUGAGGAACCUCCCCGAAGUGCACUACAAGCGGAGGCCCAAGGAGGAGGCAUCGUGACGAGGAGCAGUGGAGUUGUCCCUUGGCUUUGCUCAGCAGGGCCAGGGAGAGGAGUCUCUGGGUAGCAGGGAGAGCUAGGCUGAGGCUUGUGAACUCGCUUCACUUGUGAGCCCUCCAGUUUCCUUGCUGAGGCACCUUCUCCUGAGCCUUGCCACAGCUGGGCCUCACUUGUGGGCCAAUUUUGCCUGCUGGUGUACAGGUAACCCCUGUCCUAAUCCUGCUGCAUCCAUGUGCAGGCGAUACCAUUCCCGCUGUCUCCUUCCUCAUCCCAGGUUGCGUCUUCCUGUCUCCAAAGAGUGCUGUUAUCAGCACUGAAGGGCUUACCCUCCUCUCAAACCUGUCUCUUACUAGUGGAGCUGGGAAUGAUGCUGGUGGGUUUGCCUGCCCCAGGGAGGAGCGCAGCCCCUCUGUCCAAUAAAACCCGUAAGCAAAGUGCUUCUGCCUGUGGCCUGCUGGCUCUUGGCCCUUCAUGGGAGGGUACAGCUGUGUGGGGGGGCUCUUACCCCAGCUGCCGUCGGGAGGAAUAACGCUGGGGGCUGCAAAGGAGAUGCCAGAUAGCCCCGUGCCACUUGCUGCUGUUUCUGGCUCUGCACUGCCUCUUCUUCCUCCCUGGGGGGAGCUCUGAGCCUGUCCCUGAGAGCUGAAGGCUCAGGGAGGAGCUGACAGCGGGGAGGUGUUUCUGCCGCUCAAGGUCUACCCAUGCCCUCCUAGGAGGGCUGAGGCCUGGCAAACUUGCUGCAUGGAAACUGCUGGCUGUGGCUCCCUGGCUGCACAGAGGCUGAGCACACAGAUCCCCUGCUGCGGGGCAGGGCUGAGCCACAGGGCUGCUCCUCUUCCUCUUCUCUGCCUGGGGCCACGGGUUGGCCGUGGUCCUCCUCCUGCCUGCUGCGGGCCAGCAGGUACUGCGGGUGCUGUACGGGGCUGCAGGAGCUGAUGGGAUGCAGCAGAGGGCUGGAUCUUCCCUGAGUCCAAGAGGGAUGCAGGUGGGUCCAGCUCAGCUCACCGUGCUGCCAGCCCCUCUGUGCCCACCCCGUGCGGCCGGGGGACCAGCAGCCUGGCUGUUGGGCUGGAGGGAUGCUGCAAACAGCUCUGUGAUCUCUGCUUCCCCCUUGCAGCCCCUUCCCUUCGCUCCUGGGGCUGGGGAAAACCCUGGGGCCUUGCAGGGGUUGGUCCCGGGCAGUGAUGCAACCGGGCUGGCACCGGGGCCGAUUUGGAGGGAGCGGGUAGGCAGCCUUGGGGGCGUGCCCUGGUGGGGACGCUCCUCGCAGGGUGCUGGGUGCUGAGCACCAUCUGCCGUCGCGUUCUCAUGCAACUUUUUUUUGAUUUGUCAUCAAAGAGCCAUUCUCUUAACUCCCUGAUGAGGCCUGUAUUAUUGCAAAGUCUGUAAUUGGUCUCCUGGGGGCUAGAAAUAUCUUGCAAGGAGGUGAAUGUUCUUCUCAGGAUUCAUUCGCCACCUGCUAAACAACGACUUCUGGCAAGUGCUGCUUCCCCCUCCCCAG